UACAAACUUGUUCAUUAAAUCUUGGCUCAAAAAUAGCCACUAGUAAAAGUGCAUCGAUAAAUUUGUAAAAUGACAGAGAAAUCUAUAUCAACAAAUAAUUUAACUGACAACAACGACUGUUUAAGAGUUACAAGUGAAAUUAAUACUUGUAACGAUAUUAAGCAUUGGUCAAACUUUUCUCAAUGGAUUCAUUGUAUGUGUGUCAUAACAUUCGAUCUGAACAUAGGGCAAGCUCUCGAAUUUGUUUACCCACCUCAAUUCGUACCUUCAGAGACUGAAACUGCUAAUAUAUGUUAUAUGGCAUUUCCGGAUUCCAACUCGGGGUGCAUGGGUGACACAAAAUUUCAUAUACGUCUUCGAAGGAUACACAAAGAAAGUCACAACGGAAACCUAAAAAAAAUAUUUCACUCAUAUAACUCGGAUUGUAUAUCUGCACUCCGUGUAGACGAAUCACAUUACUGGGGAUUUGUGUAUUUCCGCCAAAAGCGAGAUGCUAAUCUUCCGAGAGGUUAUUUUCAAAAAAGUUUUAUUUUGGUGACGCAUCUUCCAUUUUGUAACCUUUUUUAUAAUAUUGUGGAUCAACUGGCUCCAAAGUACUUUGAAAAUGGCAACUCAAUUAUAGAAGAGGCUUGUGAUCAAAUAAAUAGAUUAUGGCCCGCGUUACAAGCAGGCGUUUCCUUGGACUUACAGCUGUUUGAUAACAUUUAUAAAAUUAAUAUACCAACCAUAAGUGGUAAAAAAUGCGGUACUGGUGGACAAAAAACUGAUACAAUUGGGAAAACUUCAUUGAAUGCUUUUUCCACGAAAAUUUUGAACUCUGUUAACGAAUUAGAAUUAUAUCAAUGUUUAUGUUUUACCUUGGAGAAUUUGUAUACUUUAUGGGAAUUAGUGUUAAUUGCUGAACCUAUUGUAAUUGUUGGAACCUCUCCCGCUGAUUGCUCACAUAUGGUGCACAGUCUUGUUUCAUUAAUAGCUCCAAUUGAAUAUUGCGCUGAAGCACGACCUUAUUUUACAAUACAUGACAGCGAGUUCAAAGAAUUCACCAGGGAAUGUGGAAAAACGCCACCACCUGUGAUACUAGGUGUAACAAAUCCGUUUUUCAUAAAGUUACUGAAAGAUUGGCCGCACAUAUUGCGACUAGUCGAUAAUCAGAUUAAUAUGCAGCAACAUCAGCAACUGCAAAAAAAUAUUAGAAAUUCGGAUUCGGUGACAUCAUUCAAUUCAAGCAGUAUAGGCAAUAUAAAAAAAGGAUUACCUAAUACAAGUUCCUCUUUGGGACUAAAUACGAGUGCAACUAUCAGUGACGGUGCGCUCCCGGGAUUGUACACAAAAUAUAAGCCUUUUCUUAAAAAAGAUAAGAAUUUAAUUAAAAAAGUAAUAUCGGGGGUUAAAACCAAACGACCUGAUCAUGUGCAAACAGCAUUAUUGCGCCGAAAUUUAUUGGAACUUACGCAAAGUUUUAUGAUACCUCUGGAACGGUAUAUAGCUUCAUUAAUGCCCUUACAGAAAGAUAUAAGUCCCUUUAAGUCCGCCCCAAAUGCAAAUGCUUUUAAAUUGGAGGACUUUUUAGCGACUAUUGAACAUUCCGGACCACAUUUAACUUCGCCUUUAAAAGGCGAUUGGAAAGGGUUAUAUCGUAGAUUUUUCAAUUCGCCAAAUUUUCGUGGAUGGUACAACUCAAGACAUCGUGAACUACAAUUAACCCUACAAGAUUUGCAACUUCAAGCACUUUCGGUUGCGAACCUUGAAAAAUGGGCGCAUGAUAAGCAAGAAGUAGAAAUAAUAGACAUGAUACUUAAAUUAAAACAAAAAAUUAAUCUAUAUACCGAUAACACUAAUAAUAGUGCUACUCAAAACCUAAUACGUGCCCAAAUUAAUUGUAUGAAAUUUUAAAUAAACAUAGGUCAAGUUAAAGAAUUUAAAAACACUUAUUUUUUUUAUACAGGAAUAUAGUAUAUAUUAUCAUCACUAAUAAAAUAAAAUUAUUCUUAUUCUAGCAAACAACUACAAUAGAUUUUAUAAACGUACACAUAUUAUUAUAUACUUAGAUUGUUUACUUAUAACAUAUUGUUAUUAACGAUAACGAUUGUGCGUAGGAAUAGAGUUUAAUGAAAUACAUGCUUAAAACCGUUAA